AUGGCUGCCGUCCACCUACAGUACAUCCUGUCCGCUAUUUCGCUGUUGGGGCUGGCCUAUGCCGCCGGAAUUGUCGUCUACCGAUUGUUCUUCCAUCCGUUGGCGAAGUAUCCCGGCCCGCUGCUGGCCAAAAUCACCGAUGCCCAUCAGUUGUAUCAUGCCUGGAAGGGCGACCGGCAUCUGCAGUUCUGGCGGAUGCACGAGCAAUAUGGCAACAUCGUGCGGUUCGGCCCCAGUAGCGUCUCCUUCAACUCCAAUACUGCCCUGAAGAGUAUAUACGGCUUCAAGGCCAACGUGCGGAAAGCCGAAUUCUAUGAUGCCUUCGUGCAUCCGGCGCCCAAUACCCACAAUACGAGGGACAAAGUGUUGCACGCAAGAAAGAGACGAGUCCUGUCGCAGGCCUUUUCCGACUCGGCAGUGAAGGAGAUGGACCGCUAUAUACUCGCCAAUGUUCGAUCAUUCUGCGAGCAGAUCGGACUCGGGGCCAGAGACGAGCGAAAGGGCUGGACUGACACCAAGAACAUGGCUGACUGGUGCAACUACCUGGCCAUGGAUAUCCUCGGCGACUUGUGUUUUGGAAAGGCCUUCCACAUGCUGGAGCGGCCUGACAACCGGUAUGCCCUGGAUCUGGUGUCCCUCGCCACGACCAGACACCUGAUCUGCGGAACGAUGCGUCUGGUGGAGAAGCUACACCUCGACAAGGUCCUCUUCCACAAGAUUGCAAAUGGCCGAGCCAAAUACUUGGCCUACAGCAAGGCACAGCUGGCCGAGCGCACCAAGCUCGGCGACGAUACUGACCGUAGAGACUUCUUCUAUCACCUGCUCAAGGCCAGAGACCCAGAAACCGGACAAGGUUUCGCAACUCCUGAGCUGUGGGGCGAGUCGAAUCUGCUGAUCAUCGCUGGGUCGGACACCACGUCGACUGCCAUGGCAGCAACUCUGUUCUAUAUCGUGCGCAGCCCUGUGGCACUGCAGAAGGCAAGCGAGGAGGUCCGGGCGAAGUUCAGCGACGUGGAGGAGAUCUGCCAGGGCCCAAGCCUGACUUCGUGUGUCUACCUCAGGGCCUGCAUCGACGAGGCGAUGCGUAUGUCUCCAUCCGUGGGCGGCAUCGCGCCUCGUGAGGUUCUCCCUGGGGGGAUAACCAUCGAUGGAGAGUUCAUCCCUGAGGGUGUGGUCACCGGCACGCCGCACUACACCAUCCACCACAACGCGGCUUACUUCCCGCAGCCGUUUUCGUAUAUUCCCGAGCGGUGGAUGGCUGGGUCCUCCAAGAGCUUCGGCGGGGUUGGGGAAAGCACCUUCACCGAGCAGGACGUCGCUCUGGCGCAAAGCGCGUUCUGCCCCUUCUCUGUCGGGCCUCGGGGCUGUAUUGGGAAAGGACUGGCAUACAUCGAGAUGAUGACGACUAUGGCCAGAGUCUUGUUCCUGUAUGAUCUGCGCAAGUCGGCCGGCUUUGACCCGGCUGAGGGCAGCAUGGACCUCGAGUGGGGUCGCCAGCGAGUCGACGAGUUCCAGCUGAUGGACCAGUUCACGAGCUUGAAGAAUGGGCCGAUGGUUGAGUUUAGAAAGCGUGUGAGAGGGUAG